UACAGUCGCAAGAAGAGGAGGAAGACGAGGAAGAAGACGAUAGCCAUAGCCAUCCAGAACAGUCACUACCACCCAAAGCGACUACCAGCAAGGAACUCCGACAGGGUUUUCUCACUCUCUUUUCAUGCUAUACGAUGAAAUCCUCCUCCUCCUCCACCGUCUUCAGGCCGCCGGAUUCUUCCCUCACAUGUAAUCGACCUUCCUAUUUACAGUACCUGCCGCGUUCUCCGAACGGAGCUUCCAGGCCAGGUUUUCCUGUGAAAUUUCAUAAUUGUUCUGGACAACGAACUUCCCCUAACCGCGCAAAUUUUGUUAUUGAUCUCGUUUUGGAUCAUCGUGGCGUUGCGAAGUGCUCUGUUGAGGUUUUAAUGGCUAAAUGCAAUUCCAAGCCGGAUAAUUUUAUUGUCCCUCAGGGUGGUCCUGUUGUUGCGUUUUUGUUUUUCAAGCAAUGGGUUAGUGCGCUUGAGGCUAUGGUGAGGUUUUGGGAAUUGCGCCUCGAUGGGCUUCAUGAUUUCACUCCGAUUCUUAAACCUAGGAUCAAUUUGCCCUCUGAUGCUGACGAACUCCAUGACCGACUUCGGAACCUCUUUGCUGGAAGAAUACAGCGUCUUAUGGAUGGCGAAAAGGUCCGAGAUUGGCAAAAGAAACGCGAUCUUGUUAAGGUUCAGAUUGAUCGAAUUUCUCAUAGCCUACGGAAGCCCCUUGGUAUUGCCACUCAGUUUGAACUCAGAGAAAAGAGAAAGGGGCUUAUUGUCGAGAAGGAUUCAAUUAUGAGGAACACGGAAGAGUUUAAGUCUGCUAUGCGUUAUAUUCUGGAUUAUGUGGAAGGAAAGAAACUGGAACUAUCAGAUAUCGAAGACGUGGGAGUUUUUAAAUUUGACGAAACAAUUAGCUGGAACCGGAUUCAUAGCUUGAUUUUGAGAGAAUGCCGCAGGCUUGAGGAUAGUUUGCCCAUGUAUUCUUGCCGCCGGGAAAUCCUUCGGCAAAUUUACAGUCAACAGGUAAUGGUAUUGAUUGGAGAAACUGGUUCAGGAAAGAGCACACAGUUGGUUCAAUUUCUUGCUGAUUCAGGACUUUCUUCUUCUAAGUCAAUUGUAUGUACACAGCCUCGCAAGAUAUCUGCUAUCUCCCUUGCCCAUAGGGUGAGAGAAGAAAGCCGUGGGUGUUAUGAUGAUGAUUGUAUAAGUUGUUAUCCAUCAUUUUCAUCUGCUCAACAGUUCAAAUCUAAGAUAAUAUACACGACAGACCACUGUUUACUGCAACACUACAUGAAUGAUAAGAAACUUUCUGGUGUUUCCUGCAUUAUAAUUGACGAGGCUCAUGAAAGAAGCUUGAAUACUGAUCUCCUUUUUGCAUUACUGAAAAGUUUACUCAUGGUGAGAGUUGAUUUGCAUCUUAUUAUUAUGUCUGCAACAGCCAAUGCAGAUCAGCUAUCAAAGUACUUCUUUGGUUGUGGAAUCUUUCAUGUACCGGGGAGGAACUUUCCUGUUGAUAUUAGAUAUGUUCCUUCUUUGGAUGAAGGCUCUUCUGGUCCUUGCAUUGUUGCUUCAUAUGUUACGGAUGUUGUCAGAAUGGCAUCAGAGAUUCACUGGAAAGAAAAGGGAGGGACUAUUCUUGCCUUUUUGACUUCUCAGAUGGAAGUGGAAUGGGCAUGCGAAAAUUUUCAUGCUCCCGGUACAGUUCCCUUGGCAUUUCAUGGGAAGCAAUCCUUUGAUGAGCAAUUUCGAGUUUUCCAGGACCACCCUGGAAAAAGAAAGGUAAUUUUUGCCACAAAUCUUGCAGAGACAUCAUUGACAAUUCCUGGGGUGAAGUAUGUUAUAGAUCCUGGUUGGGUGAAAGAUAGCAAAUUUGAACCUAGAAAUGGUAUGAAUAUCCUUAAGGUAUGCAGAACCAGUCAGAGUUCAGCUAAUCAGCGAGCUGGUCGUGCUGGUAGAACAGAACCUGGAAGAUGUUAUAGACUGUACUCCCAGUCUGACUUUGAGUUAAUGUCUCCUAACCAUGAACCUGAGAUUCGAAAAGUUCAUCUUGGUGUUGCAAUAUUGAGAAUUCUUGCCUUGGGUGUAAAGAAUGUAGAUGAUUUUGACUUUGUAGAUGCUCCCAGUGCGGAAGCUGUUGACAUGGCCAUCAGGAAUCUCGUUCAGUUGGGAGCUAUUACACUGAAUGGUAAUGUUUAUGAACUAACAAAUGAAGGUCGUAAUUUAGUAAAGUUGGGCAUUGAGCCACGCCUUGGCAAGUUGAUUCUUAGUUGCUUCAAUUGUCGUGUACGUAGAGAGGGUGUUGUACUUGCUGUUUUAAUGACAAAUGCUAGUAGUAUAUUUUGCCGAGUUGGUAAGGUUGAAGAUAAAUUAAAAUCUGAUUGCCAGAAGGUUCAAUUUUGCCACCCUGAUGGUGACCUUUUCACUCUGCUCUCAGUUUAUAAACAAUAUGAAGCCUUGCCUAGGGAGAGGAAAAACCAAUGGUGUUGGGAGAACAGCAUUAAUGCCAAAACUAUGAGAAGAUGCCAAGAUGCCAUCUUGGAAUUGGAACGUUGUCUCAAACAAGAACUUAACAUUAUCAUCCCAAGUUACUGGCUUUGGAGUUCGCUGAAGCCUACAGAUCAUGACAGAAAUCUUAAAAAGUGUAUACUUGCUUCUCUUUCUGAAAAUGUGGCCAUGUUCACUGGUUAUGAUCGACUGGGUUACGAAGUGGCAAUGACUGGACGACAUGUUCAACUACAUCCAUCAUGUUCUUUGCUAAUAUUUAGUGAGAAGCCCAAAUGGGUGGUGUUUGGUGAAAUUUUGUCAAUAAGUAAUGAAUAUUUGGUAUGCGUAACUGCCAUUGAUGUAGAUGCUUUGUCUACCAUUUCCCCUCCCCCUUUGUUUGACAUUUCUCUUAUGGAGAAACAUAGGCUGGAGGUACGAACUCUUAGUGGCUUUGGCAAAACUCUGCUUAAAAGGGUUUGUGGAAAAAGCAACAGUAAUCUUAUUUCUCUUACAUCACAUGUUCGUAAAGUUUUCAGUGAUGACUGCAUAGGCAUUGAAGUAAAUAUAAAUCAGAAUGAGAUUCUGUUGUUCUCAAGAUCAGAGAACAUGGAUGCGGUGUAUCAUUUUGUAAAUGAUAUUUUGGAGUAUGAAAGGAAAUAUUUAUGGAAUGAAUGCAUGGAGAAAUGCUUGUAUCAUGGAAAUGGCGGCUCACCUCCUGUUGCUUUGUUGGGUUCUGGUGCUAAAAUAAGACAUCUGGAGCUUGAGAAGAGAUAUUUGACUGUUGAUGUAUUUCGUUCGAAUGUGGAUUCCAUUGAUGAUAAGGAACUUUUUAUGUCUCUUGAGAAAUCUGUAUCUGGUACUAUUUGUAAUAUUCAAAAAGUUCCAUGUUCUGGACAGGAUGACGAUGAUAAAGAAAGAGGACAUAGAAUAACAUUUCUUACUCCUGAUGCAGCUGAAAAAGCUUUGAAGCUCGAUGGUGGUUUCUUUUGUGGAUCCUUGGUGAAGAUAAUUCCUAUGCGGAUCACUGCUGGAUGUGAUAAUAAACUUUUCUCUUUUCCUCCUGUCAAAGCUAAAGUCUUCUGGCCUCGUAGGUUGAGCAAAGGAUUUGCAGUUGUUAAAUGUAACAGUUAUGAUGUCAGUUUCCUUGUUAAUGAUUUCUCUAACCUACUGAUUGGAGAAAGGUUCUUACGUUGUGAACCUAGCAUAAAGUACAAUGACUGUGUUACCUUAAGUGGAAUCGACAAAGAGCUUUCUGAAGCUGAUAUUUUUAAUAUUCUGAGGUCUGCAACAGACAGGGAAAUUUUGGAUCUUUUUCUGGUUCGGGAAAAUCCUGUUAAUAAUCCUCCAGUCAAUGCUUGUGAAGAAGCUCUUCUGAAAGAAAUCUCUGCUUUUAUGCCUAAAUCCCACCCUCAUGUCAAAUGUUGCUACGUUCAAGUUUUUCAACCUCAACCCAAGGAUUUUUACAUGAGAGCUGCAAUAAAUUUUGAUGGAAGAUUGCACUUGGAGGCAGCAAAAGCUUUGGAAUAUUUGGAAGGAAAAUCACUGCCAGUAUGUUUUCCAUGGCAGAAAAUUAAGUGCCAGCAGCUAUUUCAUAGCACUUUAUCCUGCACCAUCCCCAUAUUUCGAGUGAUCAAAUGUCAACUGAAUUCCCUACUUGAAAGCUUGAAGAAGAUAGAUGGUGCGGAAUGCACUCUUUCUCAAAACAUCAAUGGUUCCUACCGAGUGAAGCUUUCUGCCAAUGCCACGAAAACAGUAGCCGAGCUGAGACGACCAGUGGAAGCACUUCUGAGAGGGAAGAUUAUAGAUCAUGCUAGCGUGACUCCUACAGUUCUUCAGCAUCUGACCUCUAGAGAUGGCUUUGAUCUAAUAAAUUUACUACAGCGGGAAAAUGAAGUCUACAUUCUCUUUGACAGGCAGAGACUUAGUCUACGAAUUUUUGGUGCUUCUGAGAACGUAGCUGCAGCUGAGCGAAAGUUGAUUCAAUCCCUACAGACACUUCAUGACCGCAAGCAACUUGAGAUUCACCUUCGAGGCAAAUCUCGGCCUCCCAACCUCCUGAAGACAGUGGUUGAGAAGUUCGGCCCUGAUCUCAAUGGCCUUAAACAGAAGUUUCCAGAAGCUGGAUUUACAUUAAAUACCCGGCAUCAUAUUUUAUCUGUCCAUGGUAGUAAAGAUUUGAAGCAGGAAGUUGAAACAAUUAUUUAUGAGCUUGAAAAGACGAGUGGUGGUUUAGCCGAGAGGCCUGAUGAUGCAGAUGCGUGUUCAAUUUGCUUAUGCGACAUUGAAGACGACAGGUUUGAACUUGAAGCCUGUGGACACCAUUUUUGCCGGCAAUGCCUUGUGGAACAGUUUGAAUCUGCCAUCAAAAACCAUGGAAGCUUCCCAGUUUGUUGUGCCAAACAAACAUGUCAGUCUCCCAUAUUACUUACAGAUAUGAGAUAUCUGUUGUCGAACGAGAAGCUGGAGGAACUGUUUCGAGCUUCAUUGGGAGCUUUUGUUGCUGGUGACAGUGCCUAUAGAUUUUGCCCAUCACCCGACUGCCCCUCAGUUUACCGAGUGGCCAGUCCCGAUACAUGUGGGGAACCAUUCAUGUGUGGAGCAUGCUUCUCAGAAACUUGUACUAGAUGCCAUUUGGAGUAUCAUCCAUUCUUAUCGUGCGAACAGUACCGAGUGUUCAAGGAAGACCCAGAUUCGUCACUGGACGAGUGGCGCAAAGGUAAAGAGAACGUCAAGAACUGCCCCGUCUGCGGGUACACGAUUGAGAAAAUAGAAGGGUGUAACCACAUCGAAUGCAAGUGUGGAAGGCAUAUUUGUUGGGUCUGUUUGGAUUAUUUUGGUAGCAGUGAUGAAUGUUAUGGUCAUUUGAGGAGCAUUCAUAUGGCCUUCGUUUAAGCCUCAUUACUGAAUAUAUGUAUAAAUUAGUUAUAUAUUAGGUAGGUUUGUUAGGCGUAUAUAAUACACAGGGUUCCCUCUCCCUCCCUCCCCCCAUGCGAAGCCAUAUAGUUAGUGGUAUGUAUGUGUAUAAUUAUAGAAUAUAUAUAUAUAUAUAUAUAUAUUUAGGCAAAGCCAUUUAA